AUGUCCAAAAAUUUGAUAAUUCUUCUUUUGAUUACAAUUAGUUUUACAUAUGAAGUGCCAAAUAUGUUCUAUACCUUUUAGGUAAACUAAAAUGCAUAUUAGAAAAGCAAUAAUGGCCUGGUAGCAUUUGUUUAACUAAACAAUGUUAUAAGGACAAUGUUGGAAAUUAUAAGGGUUAAUCAUGGGCUAUUCACGGAUUAUGGCCAGGAGCUACAAAUGAUAGUGGGGAUUGCGAAGAACUCGAAGCCUGUACCAAUAAUAAAUUCAAAGAAUCUAACCUUUCGAAAACAACCGUGACUAAUUUGGAUUAAGCAUGGGUCGGUUUUUUUAAUCCAUCAGGAUCAUUUAGAGCGUAUUUUAUUUGAUUUAUCGAUAGACAUGAAUGGAAUAAGCAUGGUACUUGCUGGGAUGAAAAGGAUGAUUUAGUUCCUUAAGUUCCUGGAAUGAAUGUCUAAGAAGAGUACUUUUAGACAACGCUUUAAUUGUGGAAAUCAUAUAAUAUCUAUGAUAUUUUAUCUGCUGCUGGCAUUAAACCAGACGACAAUAAAUUAUACGAUACAGACAGUAUAUUAGAUGCUAUUGAAAACAAAAUUGGCUCAACUGCUUAAUUAUUAUGCUCUAAGGAUUCAAAUAAUAAGUUAUUAUUGAUAAGUGUUUCAUUUUGCGUCAAUGAAUAAUAUUAACCAUAAAGAUGUCCUUGUGAUAUUUAUGGUGGAAUCCCUUGUGGAUCUAGAAAAAACGACAAGGUUCGUUAUCCAGUAUUUAGAUUGUGAU